AUGUCAGUUAUUGAAAAUAAUUUAAAAGAAACAAAUAGUGUGACGACGACAUCAUUAAAUUCAGGUUUAACGACGUCAAAUGAUUUGAUAAGUCGUAUUGAUAUCACGGAAUUAACGUCCUCACCAAGCGAACAAUCAUUAUCAACUUCGGCCGUUUUAUCUGCAUGUAAACAAAAAAUUUUAAGGCCGUAUUUAAGGCUUUUAUCCGUUAUCGGUUUAAGAAGUUUCGGUUCCGAUGGUCCGAACACAUCAAAAUUCAUUUGUUUUUUAAAUUACGGUCAUUUGAUUAUUGUUUUUAUAUUUAUAAUAUCCGGAUAUGUUCUUCAAUACAUGGCAUGUUUUCGAAGAGACCAAGGAUUUUCAUGUUCGGAGUCAUACAACUUGAAAAAUGUCACAUUUGGAUUUGUACUGCCAAGCAUAUUGCAUUUCCUAGGUUGUGCCUAUGCAUUAUAUUUGUUUAGAUUUAAAGAAAGCGAACAGUUUGAAAGAUUGAUGGAAAGAACGUUUUUACUAUCCGCACAUAGAGCAAAUGGACGAAAAACAUCUUUUGUAAAAAGGUUAUGGGUAUUCAUAUAUGUUAGCAUUGGGUGGGUCGUCACGUCAUUUUGUUCCAUAUUGUUGCUUUUGGUUUUUAAUAAUAAUAAUGUCUCGUUCAAAUGGAUAAAUUCAAACGUUUUUAACGUCGGGUUAGAUGUUCUUUUUGUACUUACCACUCUUUGGCAGGACAUCGUUCAAGCUGCUUUGAUAACGAGUUAUUGCAUGCAAGUUUUAUUACUUACAACGAGUUUGUGCAUCCUGCGGGAAAAACUACUUCAACACACCAUCGAUCCCCUGUCCUGGAUAAGAGAAAUAAACGAAUGUCAAAAUGUACUCAAUUACCUCAAUCACGAUUUUUCCCCCGCUGUUUGCAUAUUUAUUUUUCUCAACAUAUCCUGGAUCAUAUCUUGGGUUAUAUCAUUUUUAAAAACGGAAAAUUUGGGUGAUGACGUUUCCAUAUUGGCAAUAAUGAGUUUGUGGUCGAUAUCUGCACUUGCUCCCUUCAUAUUAGCCGCAAAUUUAAAUGCGACUUGUAUAAAACUUCGUCAUUUGGGACACGAAGUAAGAAUUCGACCCUUUGUCUAUCAGGACACUCCUGGAGAAGAAUUAGAUACAAUUUUAUUAUAUACGGCUACGUUGAGAUUAAAAUCAAAACUUUUUGCCAUACCCAUAUCUGGACCAUAUUUGUACACGUGUUUCACCCUCCUGGCAAUGUCUGUUUUGGUAGCAGGCCAAUCUUCUUUACUCUAA